AUGUCGUCCAACGAAGUUGUCGGUGCUACCGUGAACGUGACCGCCCCUGGAGAGGAUGAUAACGUUUGGAAUGUUGAACAAGUCCAUUCUGGAGAUUAUGAGGCGGAGGACGGCAAUCGACAUGAGAUUAACUGGAGUUUCGGUCCCGUUCUCCUCUGCGGAAGUAUUGACUACAACACCUUCGAAAUUGAGAUCAAUCCAACCAUCAACGGUAUCAACUUUGGUGUCAUGAAUGGAAGUCUCGCGGAUAGCAUUUGUGUAAAAAUUAAUUUGUCUACUACAAAGGGCGAAUUGAGGGUGUAUCUGAAAAAUGGAAAUGAGGUCUGGACCCGUGUUGAUAUUGCUAUGAAUGUUGGCCCAAGGUUCGAAGGAGAUUACAAGUUGAUUACCAUGUAG